AUGUCUUCUCAACCGGUCAGGGAAGCUGCUUUGAAGCUCGUUAAAGGUUUGGAACAGUUACCCCUGGAACGAAUCAAACAUAUCGUUUCUUUGAAAGAAUCUCAAAUAGAAAGAUAUUCACCAGUAGCCGGAUUAGGGUCAUCAAAAAACGAUGGGAAGGCCAAACCAUCGCUGGAAGAUAUCAAGGAUAUAAUUAGCAGGACUUCAGGACCUUUAGGUAUGCAAAAGGAUGCUUUGAAGAAAAUUCAAGCCGCGUUGCCACAGGAACAAUUCACUGUGGACGGUAUCCAAGAACAGAUCAGAUCGUUACAAGCUUUGCUUUCAAACAAGAAUAAGAACUACUACGAUGUGGGAGAUAAGCUAUACAAACCUGCGGGAAACCCGAUUUAUUACCAACGUUUGUUGGACGAAAUCGAGGGAAAGAAAAAGGAAACCUUUCUCACAGCUUUAAGAACAGUUCUCUUCGGUAAAUGA